AUGGCUCUAAAGGUCGUGCGGUGGUCGUGCUAUGGUGUUAAUGGGCGUGCGGUGGUUGCAGUGGUUCUAGUGUUGUGCAGUGGUCGAGCGAGUGGUGCUUAUGGUCGUUAUGUGGUGACAGUGAUGAGUGGGCAGACAUGCCGCCUGUCUGGUAUAUCUAGGAAAGAAGACAAUUACUUCUUUGCUUUAUCGAAAUACCAAGAAAAACUGGAAGAUCUCUUAGAGCGGUAUCCUGAUUUUGUCCAGCCUUCUGCUCGUCUGAAUGAGGUCCAAGGUUGGGUAAAGACUGGCUUGAAAGAUUUCUCAAUUUCCCGAGCAGCAGUUGACUGGGGUAUCCGUGUUCCUGGAGACCCUAAUCAAACCAUUUAUGUUUGGUUUGACGCAUUACUUGGCUAUAUAUCAGCAUUAUUGGAGAAUGAGGAUCAAUCUAGUUUACAAGAUGCAGUUGCUUCUGGCUGGCCUGCUUCACUUCACUUAAUAGGCAAGGAUAUAUUACGGUUUCAUGCAGUGUAUUGGCCAGCCAUGCUGAUGUCUGCUGGAUUCCGUCUUCCAAAUAUGGUUUUUGGCCAUGGUUUUUUGACAAAGGAUGGCAUGAAGAUGGGAAAGUCUUUAGGCAAUACUAUAGAGCCAAAUGAGUUGGUGCAGAGGUUUGGAGCUGAUGCAGUUCGAUACUUUUUCCUGAGGGAAGUUGAAUUUGGAAGUGAUGGGGAUUACUCAGAGGAUCGUUUCAUCAAUAUUGUUAAUGCACAUCUUGCCAACACUAUUGGGAACCUUCUAAAUCGUACACUUGGGCUUCUCAAAAAGAAUUGCCAAUCAACUUUAGCUUUUGAUUCUGCUAUUGCUGGUGAAGGGAACUCAAUCAAGCUCAAAGUAGAAAAUUUGGUUGAGAAGGCUUUUACUCACUAUCAAAAUCUCUCAUUGUCUUCUGCUUGUGAAGCUGUACUAGAAAUUGGGAAUGCUGGAAAUGUUUAUCUGGAUGAGCGUGCACCAUGGUCUCUUUUCAAGCAAGGGGGAACUGCUGCAGAAGCUGCUGCUAAGGAUCUUGUAAUCAUACUGGAAACUAUGCGAAUCAUUGCCAUUGCAUUAUUGCCAGUUGCUCCAAGCCUAUGUUGGAGAAUAUACUCUCAGCUUGGCUACACAGAAGAUGAUUACAAUGCUCUGACUUGGAAUGAUACUAAGUGGGGCGGUCUAAGGGCUGGGCAUCUCUUGCCUGAAGCAAAACCUGUCUUUGCCAGGAUUGAGCUCAUUACUGACUUAGAUGAUGUUGGGGUACAACCAGCUAAGAAGACUUCGAAAAAUAAGGAAAAGAAGGCUGCUAAGGCUCAAAGUGCUUAGACGCCUGGUUUUCCAACUUGCGGCUCUUAUGUUGCUUAUGCCAAGCUAUUGGUUACCAUCUCUGGAGAAGUAAAAUUAUUUGUUCGAUUUCAAGAUUUUUGGAGAUCUAUUGGACUAGCAGCCAAUUCUAGGAUAUUUUCUGCUUUUUGAAGCAAAUGUAUGCAAUUUCACCAGUAAAUUUAUGAGUUAUAUAAAUGUUGGCGAUAGGAUAUUCUCUGCAUUUUGUGAAGCAAAUGUGUGCAAUUUUCAAUUUUCACCAGCCAUGAUUGAUUUUUGCCAAGCUUAACCGUGGACAUUAUGAGUGAUAUAAAUGUUCAAUUCAUGUCGUU